AUGCCUCCUAGGAAAAGACGCACGCACAACCUAAAGGGACUACGUGGCUCGCAGGACCAACAGCAGUCGCACAGUUCAUACUUCGCGACAAGGUUGAAGCCCGAGCAAGUCGGAGCUUUGGUACACGAUGAAAGCGAUACCAUUUCGUACAGAGCAUACCUAGUGCAAAACUUCAUCAGGUCAAGCGAAAUGAUGGACGCGUUAAUGACUCAGAAUGUUCCUCUGCCGAAAAUCAAAGCACCGCCGAUAUUCCGAAACCCAAACGUGGAGGAAAUGAAACGGGCGGUUGUUUCUGAAAGGGAGCAACUUGAUGCUAUUGAGAGCCACCUACAGAGCUAUGCCAUCGAUCUUCCAGAUGGUUAUCAUCAAUUGAAAGAACUCUCUAUGCAAAUCGAUCUAUCCCAGGAUGUGAGCGAUAACUCAAUUCAAGCUGCUGAAUCUGCCUACAAAGCUCAAACCGGCAAAUACACGCAAGACGACCGCAUCGUAGUACAUAAGGACAGAUUUCCUCAGCUGCGAGGUGACCAUUCUAAAGCUCCUCCAGAUUAUUGGGAACGGCGCUUGGAUAUACUGGCUAGCCAGCAACAAGAAGCUCUGCGACUCAAAAUAAUGCAAGAGGAGGAGGAAGAGCUUAAACGUCGCACAGAAGAAGAAAACAGGCUGCGACAGAAACAAGAAGAACAACGCCUUUAUGAAGAUCCGUUUCAACAGCAAGCUACACAUGCGCAGCCAAUGGCAGGUCCAGUGACCGCCAACCCUGGUAUACCGGACCCGCAGCCUGCGCAGCAGCCUUCGGACCAGCCUCCACACGCUAUGUUAGGCUCGAUAUUUGGCGACAUGAAUGGGGAAAACUUCAACAACGGGUUUGAGGAUGAUGAGUUUGCUGACCUAGAUACAGCAUUUUUUUGA